AUGGAGGCGUCCAACUCAGAUGAUGAAGUGACGACCAGUGAUCAUACAUCCGAGAUCACAACUCGGCCAAACUCGGAGAGCACCAACUGGGAGGCGGUCCGGCGCUACCAGGCCGAGAUCGGCGAAACAACGGCGCGCCUGGAGGAGGAGGUCCGGCUGAAGACCGAGCUCCAGGCGCAGUUGGACGCCUCAGAGCGGGCCAGGAACGCUCUUAGCGUCCAGCUAGAGGAGAGCAGAGCUCUGCUGGAGCGGGCCGAAAGCAGACGGCACCAGGCAACGCCAUGUACUAACUUUGAACAGCUGCCGACGAAGACGCAGGACCUCAUCCUACAAUACCUCAGGCCGUCACAGUUGUUGACGAUCCGCGGAGUGUCGCGUGGCUGGCGCCAGGCAGUGGACGACAGCCUGGGGCGCCGCCACGACCUCCACCUUACCGGAGACGACGUGAAGCACGCCAACGACGAGCGCGUGGGGCGGCUGAUACGCCGCAUGCCGUCCCUGCGACGGCUCACAACCUACCAUUACUGCUCACCGCCGGCGCCGUUAUCCGUUGACGUCGUCUCCCGGCUCUCAGGACACCUGGAAAGGGUGGAUUUGUUCCACUUCGACGCGGCCCCACAGCCUCUGGAGAGGCUGUGCUCCAGGUGUCCCCGGCUGGGGGACGUCACGCUGCCUCGCGGGUCUGCCGAGCGGUGCGCGGAGGCGCUGCUUCGCCGCCUGCCGUCCCUGCGGCGGCUGGACGUGGCGCGGAGCGACGUGCGGGGAGAGUGUUUAUCGCUGCUCCCCGAGUCAUUGGAGGCUCUCUCGGUGGCCUAUUGUCUACAUCUACAGUCGGCCUGCCUGCGUCAGCUGACCCGCUGUCCUCGGCUGCGGCGGCUGGACGUGUCAGGUGUGGAGGGGCUGCAGGCGGCAGACCUGGCGGCGGUGCUGGCCGGCUGUCCACAGCUGGAGCGGCUGACGGCGAGGGAGCUGAAGCCGGCGCUGGAGCUCUGCCUGCCGCCGGCCGGCCUCCCCUCCCUCCGACACCUGGACGUGACGUGCUCCGAUGGAGUCACCGACUCCACGCUGAAGCGGCUGCCCGACCUGCUGCCAGGCCUGCACUCACUCAGCAUAUACGCGUGUCGCGGGGUGACGGCUGUUGGGCUGGACAGCCUGCCGCGGCUCAGGCAGCUGCGUCAGCUGGACCUGGCCUGUCUGCCCGCUGUGACUGUGGAGGACGCCACACUGGACCGGCUACACGGGCCGCGUCUGAGGAUGCUGGACCUGACCGGGUGCCAGUCUUGUUCAGCAGAUGGUGUCACACGGCUGGUGCUCGGCUGUCCGUCACUGACGGUACUGGGGUGGGGGUGGUCUGACCUAGACCGGACCAGGUCCCUGGUAGACAGCCUGGUGCGCCAGCUGCCCCCGGACCGUGACGUCACGCUCGAGGUCAACGGUAGGUGGAUGUCGCACCCGCUCUCCUCCGUGUCGACGGAUGGAGCGAACUGA